GCGGGUAGUCGGGGGUCUGUUUCCCGAUUUAUCCGGGACGGCCUUCGUCCCCCCUGUGAUGACAAUGGCGCGGAUUGCUGAUAGCGAAGAGCUUGAGGACGUCUCCCAGGUGGAGUUCGAUUUGGCUGUGCAGAGGAUGCGGGCUAAGCGCACGGCACCCGGUCCCGAUGGGAUCUCGUCCCAAGCGUGGGCGCUCGCCUUGACAGGUUCCCAGAGCCAUGGAAGACUGGUCGGCUUGUCCUUAUUCCUAAGGAAGGCCGGCCACGUGACGAGCCAAGCGGGUACCGCCCAAUCGUCGUGCUGGACGAGGCUGGUAAGCUCCUCGAGCGCAUCGUCGCCAGUCGCCUCGUCCAGCACCUCGAAAGCGUUGGGCCUGACCUGGCUCCUAACCAAUAUGGUUUCCGGAGAGGUCGCUCCACCAUGGACGCGGUCUUGCGCGUCCGCCACCUCUCCGAUCGUGCGUGCUCCGAGGGGGGCGUGUUGUUGGCUGUGUCGAUUGAUAUCGCCAACGCCUUCAACACGAUCCCUUGGAGCACGAUCGUGGAAUCGCUCCGGUUUCACCGCGUCCCCCCUAGUCUCCGGACCCUGAUAGAGGAUUACCUCUCAGGGCGAAAUGUAGUCUUCCCCGAGAGGAGGGGGUGGGGACGGAAAGCGGUGUCGUGCGGGGUCCCGCAGGGGUCGGUACUGGGACCACUCCUGUGGGACAUCGGUUUCGACUGGGUCCUGCGCGGUGCUAGCCUGCGUGGCGUCGACGUAGUGUGCUAUGCCGACGACACGCUGGUGACGGCCCGCGGAGCCGACUACAGAGCCGCAGCGAUCCUUGCGACGGCGGCGGUCUCCACCGUCGUUAGUCGCAUUCGGAGAUUAGGUCUUGAGGUGGCCCUCCGCAAGUCCGAAGCGGUGUGCUUUCACCCAGUCCGGAGGGGACCUCCUCCGGGAGCCAAUCUCAUAGUCGGCGGAGUAUCGAUCGCUGUCCAGCCGAAGCUCAAAUAUUUGGGCCUUGUGCUGGACAGUCGAUGGCGCUUCGACCACCACUUUGGUGAGUUAGUCCCGAAGCUGCUGGGGAUGGCGGGCGCACUAGCCCGUCUUCUCCCCAACGUCGGUGGUUGCAGCGCCGGCGUCCGGCGUCUGUACCUGGGGGUCGUGCGCAGUAUGGCUUUGUACGGCGCUCCCGUGUGGUCGCCCGCACUCUCUGCGCGCAAUGCAGCUUUGCUGCUACGAGCGCAGCGGGUGCUCGCGGUGAGAGUCAUCAGGGGGUACCGUACGAUCUCCCGGGAGGUCGCCUGCGCCCUCGCCGGUUCCCUUCCUUGGGAUCUCGAGGCUGAGGUAGCAGCUGCGGUAUACCGGCGCAGAACACAGUCCCUGAGUCGGGGACGGACGCCCGGCCCGUCGGCUGUCGGUCGGUGGAGGCGUGCUGCGCGUCAUCUGGCGUACGCCAAGUGGAGGGAGCGGUUGCUGGAGGAGCUUGGCCAAACUUCAGUCACUCGCCGACGCACCCUCGAGGCCCUGGUGCCCGUGCUGGAGGCAUGGUCAGAUAGACGACACGGCGUGCUCUCCUUCCACUUAACGCAGGUCCUCUCGGGGCAUGGUUGCUUCGGGAGGUACCUGUGGAAGGUCUGCAGGAGAGAGCCACAUCCGGGUUGCCACCAGUGCGGGCAUCCGGACGAUGACGCUCAGCAUGCACUCGAAGCGUGCCCGCGUUGGGAGCGCUCGCGGCGAGACCUCAUCGCGGUGCUGGGGAGAGACCUCUCCUUGCGGGCUGUCGUCGCCCGCAUGCUAGAGGACCGGAAUUCUUGGGAGGCCAUGACCAGGUUUUGCGACCUGGUCAUGGCGUUCCGUGAGGCUGAGGAGCGCGAAAGGGAGUGGGAUCCCUCUUCGGCUUCACAGCGAAGAAGGCGGAGUGGGCGGCACGGGCGCGAAGCUCCCGUUCAUCUCCCGUAGGGGCUGUCGGGUGCCGGGUGCGGGGGUGCCCGGUACUCGGCUGUUGGUCCGGUGGUGAGGCGGCGCAAGAUGGCUCCUGUGCACCGCUCACGGUGUGUCUCCGAGACGACGUCCUGCGGGAUUUUCCCGGGGAUGGAGUGCCGUCCUAUUAACAGGAUGGGUACCGGCGACGGCGAGCCUUCGGCGCGCACUGUGCGGUACCGUGGGUUUCGUGGAGUCGGAGUGGUGGGGCUCGAUGGGGUUUAGUCGGUAGUCGUUCUGCGGGGCAAGUGCUUCGCGCGCCUUUUUCAAGGCGUAGUCUCCUGUGAGAAAUUGGGGGAGGUGAAGGACCUCGGCUCUUCUCUUCUCCCCUUCUUCCUCUCAGGAGGCGCCGGAGUCCGACAUAACCCGGUCCGUUACCCCCCUCGACCGGGUAUCCGUAAAUGGAUUCCCCAGCGUUAAAAAAAAAAAA